GGAUUUAAUUCGCAUCUCAUUAUAAUUUAUAUUUACAUAUGACCAAACCACCAAAUUUCACUGUUGACUAAAAAAUAUACAGUGCUGUGUCUUGAGAACACAUUUACGAAUCCUAUACAUAACUCAACAUUACUUGUUUUUCGAAAUCUGAGAAGUUUCUAAGAAGUAUCAUACAUGCCUGGCAGGAUCUGGAUAAAAAUACGUUAUUUAUUCCUUACAUGAUUUGUUUUGUGUCCGUGAAUCAGUGUUUCUAUCCCUUUGUUCUGCUUAGUCUCAGGAAGUUCCGCGGUUAAAAAUGAUUCUGUAUAAGCGUCUAUGAUUCACUGACAAAUUCACAGUGAGACAAUUCUAAAAGGUCAUUUUAGCCUCUAGAAGCGAGUAUUUCAGAGCAUUACUUUAUGGAGGAUUGAAGGAAACAAACCAGUCGGAAAUUGUACUCUCAGAUGCCCCCUUGAAGGCAUUCAAAAUUUUGCUGAAGUAUAUCUAUACAGGCCACAUGUAUCUGAUGACACUCAAAGAGGAAAUAAUUCUGGACACCCUGGGCUUAGCCAACCAGUAUGGUUUUGUGGAACUAGAGUCGGCUAUUUGUGAUGUUCUGCAGCAACUCCUCUCUCUGCGUAAUGUAUGCGCUGUCCUUGACACGGCGCAGGUUUAUGGACUUGGCAAUCUUGUUAAAGUAUGUCAUAAUUUCAUGGAUAGACAUGCUUCAAAGAUUUUGGCUCAUGAAUCUUUCCUUCAGCUGUCACAGUCUUCCCUGAUUGAUUUGCUCAAAAGGGAUUCCUUCUUUGCUCCUGAAGUGGAAAUAUUCCAAGGGGUUCUCAAUUGGAGCAAAGCUAAUGAAGAUAUUGGAGAUAAUGUUCUAAAAUGUGUUCGAUUGCCAUUAAUGACAGUUACACAGUUGUUGUCCGUUGUGCGACCUGCUAGCAUAGUUAAACCAGAUGCCUUGUUGGAUGCAAUUGCAGAAAGAACAAAUGUUAGACUGAGCAGCUUACCCUAUAGAGGACAAUUACUGAUAAACGAGAAUGUGCUUAGUCAGUAUUCAGAUUCUAAAGUCAUUGAGGGCGAAUUAAGAGAAUAUCUUCUUGAUGGUGACGUCACAUCUUAUGAUAUGGAGAGAGGUUAUACUAGACAUGCCAUAGUAGGUCCAGGCGACUCGGGUAUCAUUGUCAAACUUGGAACUCCAUCUAUAAUUAAUCACAUUAAAAUGCUUCUAUGGGACAGAGAUUUGAGAUCCUACUCGUACUAUAUCGAAGUAUCCAUGGAACAAAAAGACUGGGUUAAAGUAAUAGACUAUAGCAGAUACUCGUGCCGAUCUUGGCAAAAUUUAUAUUUUGAAAGCCGAGUAGUUCAGUACAUAAAGGUAGUGGGAACACAAAACACUGUUAAUAAGGAUGUUUUUUCCAUGAAGGUUUUCCAUUUGGUAAAUUUGGAGGCUUACUACAGGCCUGAAAUUCCAAAAUUGGUCGAUGGUGUCAUAUGUCCCACUUACAACGUUGCCACUUUGAAGAAAAGCGCCAUUGUUAUAGAAGGGGUGAGCCGUGCUCGAAACGCUCUCCUGAAUGGUGAUACUAAACACUAUGAUUGGGACUCGGGGUACACUUGCCACCAGUUGGGUUCUGGUUGUAUUCUGGUCCAAUUGGGGCAACCAUAUGUAGUAUCCAGUCUUAGACUACUGCUCUGGGACUGUGAUGAUAGAAGUUAUAGUUAUUACAUUGAGACAUCCGUUGAUGUGUGGAGUUGGGAAACUUUGGUUGAUAAUACUCGAGAAAAUUGUAAAUCUUGGCAAGUGAUCACCUUCCCUCCUAGGCCUGUCCUUUUCAUCAAAAUAGUCGGAACUAACAAUACUGCUAAUGAGGUCUUCCAUUGUGUUCACCUAGAAUGUCCGUCCCAAGAAGAAAUAAACAUAUUCCCUACGUCUUCAAAGCCAUCUGUUUCGAAAGCUCAAAAAGAAAAUCAGACACCAGAGGUUUUGGCUCCCACUGAAACUGCUACAGAGGCUGAGGAGGAAAUACCACCACUUCUUGAAUUCUGAAAUGACAAUAUGAGAAAAUGUAUUGAAUUCAGUGGAAUGAAUAAAGAAUUAUUUUUUAGUAUCUAAAAAUUCAAGAAUCUAUUGCAUUCUGUUGUUGGUUGUUCUGUUAAAGCGAGAGGAUAUUCAAUUUUACUAGAUGAAUUACGGAUAUUCGUUUAUUCAUUAACUGAUUUGCUUCUUUUGUUUAUAUUGAUGCAAUAUAUGUAAAUUUAUAUGUUGAAUAUAUUCUAUAAUGUUUUA